AAGAGAUAAGUCUUAAUAUUUUACAAAUGAAGAUAAGAUAUUUUAGGUACUUGUUCAUUAAAAUAAAGAAAAUAACACCUUAAUCCACACUUAUCUGUUGACCUUUUACAAAGCAGAGAGGUGCCAACUGGCAAAGGUGGUGAUGAUGAAGAGAAAGUAUCAUACCACAGUUGCAUGUCGUGUCAGCACAGUGGAGAGAGACAACUUCUGAGGUGCUAGCUAGCUAGCUUUUGUGAUCAGUGGCAAAAGUUACAAAAGAUAAUUCCAAUCUUUUUAUUUUAUUUUUCAUAUUUGUAUUCAUGAAUUUCUACCCCAACCAACCAAUCAAAAUAUCAGAAUUAGAAUUCAAAUCUCAACAAAACAAAACUGGAGGCUAUCUUUGUUCCUGACUCACAACAAAGUUCGGUCCAUUCAUGACAACAAAUCUAUUGUUUGGUUGCUGUUUCUUCUCUUAGCUGUUUUCCUUCUGUAUUACAACAACUAGCUUCCUGUUUUUAUCUUUUCAUUCACUGUUUCCACCCACUUCUCUCUCUCUCUCUCUCUCUCUCUCUCUCUCUCUCUCUCUCUCUCUCUCUCUCUCUCUCUCUCUCUCUCUCUCUCUCUCUAACCUUAUCUACAAUCAACUUUUAACCUUUCUUCUAUUGCUUGUUCUUAUCACAUAUUUCACCAUUUCACUCUCACCUCUUCACAUUUCUUGCUUUGUAAUUUUUUAUUAACCAUAAUAUUUAUCUGACCCAGAACUUAAAAAUUAAUCUUUUUUCAAUUCACACAAUGUUUUUCUAACUUUGGAACUUGUAUGUGAAAUGAGAUGAACGGUGCCGGUUGAAAAGUUGGACUUUUCUGCUAUGAUGGUAUAAUAAAUGUUUCAAAGCAUUGUUUAAAAAGUGUUUGUUGUGUUGGUUUGGAUUUUUUGAGUGAUAAGAAUGGUGUCAAGAUCUUAUUCAAAUCUACUAGAGCUAGCCUCUGGUGAGUCUCCAACGUUUGAAAACAUGAACAGGAGAAUUCCAAGGAUUAUGACUGUUGCUGGUUUGAUAUCUGAUGUUGAUGAUGACCCUUUGGAGAGUGUGUGUUCUGACCCAUCUUCUUCAUCUGUUCAACGAGAAAGGAUCAUAAUAGUAGCAAAUCAGCUUCCUAUAAAAGCUCAAAGGAAGCAAGAUGGUAAUAACAAAAAUAAUUGGUUUUUCAGUUGGGAUGAUAAUUCACUUCUACUUCAACUCAAAGAUGGGUUAGGAGAUGAUGAUAUUGAUGUUAUAUAUGUUGGUUGUCUUAAGGAAGAUGUUCAUCCAAAUGAACAAGAUGAGGUUUCACAGAUACUACUUGAGACCUUUAAAUGUGUCCCAACUUUUCUUCCAGGUGAUCUUUUUACAAGGUAUUAUCAUGGCUUUUGUAAGCAACAGUUAUGGCCACUGUUCCAUUACAUGUUGCCUCUGUCACCAGACCUUGGUGGUAGGUUCAAUAGGUCACUGUGGCAAGCUUAUGUAUCAGUCAAUAAGAUAUUUGCUGAUAGGAUUAUGGAAGUGAUUAACCCUGAAGAUGAUUAUGUUUGGAUACAUGAUUAUCAUCUCAUGGUUUUACCAACUUUCUUGAGAAAAAGGUUUAAUAGAGUGAAACUGGGAUUUUUUCUCCAUAGCCCUUUCCCUUCAUCAGAAAUUUACAAGACAUUGCCUAUUAGGGAGGAGCUUUUGAGAGCCCUUUUGAACUCUGAUUUGAUUGGUUUCCACACUUUUGAUUAUGCAAGACAUUUCCUCUCAUGUUGUAGUAGGAUGCUUGGUCUUAGCUACGAAUCCAAAAGAGGUUAUAUUGGGAUUGAGUAUUAUGGUAGGACCGUGAGUAUCAAAAUUCUUCCAGUUGGCAUACACAUGGGUCAGCUUCAAUCAGUUCUAAGCCUACCAAAGACUGAAGAGAAAGUUGCUGAACUUAUUGAACAGUUUUCUGAUAAAGGAAAGAUAAUGUUACUUGGUGUGGAUGACAUGGAUAUCUUUAAAGGGAUAAAUUUGAAGCUAUUGGCCAUGGAACAGCUUCUUAUUCAGCACCCUGAGUGGCAUGGAAAGGUUGUAUUGGUUCAGAUAGCCAAUCCUGCAAGAGGGAAAGGAAAAGAUGUGAAGGAAGUGCAAUCCGAUACGAAGGCGACAGCGAAGCGGAUUAAUGAUAGAUUUGGUAAACCUGGUUAUGAUCCUGUCAUUCUGAUUGAGGAGCCACUAAGGUUUUAUGAAAAAGUUGCAUACUAUGUUGUAGCUGAAUGUUGUCUAGUGACUGCAGUUAGGGAUGGAAUGAAUCUCAUACCUUAUGAAUAUAUAAUCAGUCGUCAAGGAACUGAAAAAUUGGACAAAGUUUUGGGAAUAGGUUCAUCCCUUAAGAAAAGCAUGUUGGUCGUGUCUGAGUUUAUUGGUUGUUCACCAUCUUUAAGUGGAGCUAUCAGAGUGAAUCCAUGGAAUAUUGAUGCAGUAGCAGAUGCAGUGGACUCAGCUUUGGAAAUGGCUGAUUCAGAGAAACAGCUUAGGCAUGAGAAGCAUUACAAAUAUGUUAGUACUCAUGAUGUUGGUUACUGGGCUCGUAGCUUCUUGCAAGAUUUGGAAAGGACUUGUAGCGAUCAUGUAAGACGAAGGUGGUGGGGAAUUGGUUUCGGAUUAAGUUUUAGAGUUGUAGCACUUGAUCCUAACUUCAAGAAGCUCUCAAUGGAGCACAUUGUUUCUGCUUACAAGCGGACAAAAACUAGGGCUAUCCUUCUAGAUUAUGAUGGUACACUAAUGCCCCAGGCUUCCAUUGAUAAGAGCCCAACCAGUAAUUCCAUUAAAAUGCUUAAUAGUUUGUGUAGAGAUGAGAACAACAUGGUGUUUCUAGUCAGUGCUAAAAGCCGUAAGACGCUUGCUGAAUGGUUUUCUCCUUGUGAAAAUCUAGGAAUUGCCGCCGAGCAUGGUUACUUUUUAAGACUGAAGCGGGAUGCAGAAUGGGAAACAUGUGCUCCUGUAACAGACUCCAGUUGGAAACUAAUUGCUGAGCCUGUGAUGAAGCUUUACACUGAAACAACAGAUGGAUCAACUAUAGAAGAUAAGGAAACGGCACUUGUUUGGUGCUAUGAGGAUGCCGAUCCAGAUUUUGGAUCAUGCCAAGCUAAAGAACUUCUUAAUCAUCUUGAAAGUGUGCUUACAAAUGAACCAGUAACAGUGAAGAGUGGACUGAAUCAUGUGGAGGUUAAACCACAGGGUGUGAACAAAGGGAUUGUGGCUAAACGCCUGCUUUCAGCCAUGCAAGGAAAGGAAAUGUCACCUGAUUUUGUUUUGUGUAUAGGCGACGAUCGAUCUGACGAAGAUAUGUUUGAGGUAAUCACUAGUUCUGGCCCUUCCAUGGCACCCAGGGCUGAAGUAUUUGCAUGCACUGUUGGUCGAAAACCCAGCAAGGCCAAGUAUUAUCUGGAUGAUACUACUGAUAUAGUGAGAAUGGUGCAGGGUUUAGCCUGUGUUUCAGACCAAAUAGUUUUAUGUUAGGCAUGGGAAAGAAAGAUAAUCUUAAAAUGAUGUACUUUCUUCGUCUCAAUGUAGGCUCAGUUGUUCUCUUCAUACAUGAUCUUUUAUUUCCCUGCAUAUUCCAUGUAAAUUAUUAUAGUUAUGUACUUGUCAAAUUUGUCUUUUGGAAAAUUUGUAAAUAUAUUCCUCAUUUUGAACCUUGCUUUGCAUACCUUAAUCCACAUGAUAAUGAUACUGGCUGUUUUGGAUUUA